AGAAGACUGCCGCUCGGUGCUGUUUCCUCCAUAACUCGUCUGCUUCCCUUCACGUAAUUACCCACCUUGUGGUUCCGACUCCUUACUCUGCAAUAUUGUCCACGAUUGUUCCGAUCAACACCCAAACACCCAGGCUAUUACUACCUGCUAGAACCAUGUCUCAGCUGAACGAAAUCCGCGGCCGACUGGCACUGAUAACCGGCGCCUCUGGAGGAAUUGGUGCAGCUUGCGCACGGCAGCUGGCUGAGCGCGAGGUCCAUUUGGCGUUGACGUACUCAUCAAACUCGGCUUCAAUCACAUCUCUCAAAGACGAGCUGUCAUCAAAAUACCCUACACUCCGGGUUACCAUUCACCAGGUCGAUGUUGCAUCUGCUGAACAAAUCGAAGCCAUGUUCGUGCAGAUUGACGAGCAACAUGGACAACGACCUGACAUCCUUGUCUCAAAUGCCGGCCAUGGCAAGCGAAUUCGUCAGAUUUGGGAUAUCUCCCUCGAGGACUUCGACUAUACGUUGAAUGUCAACCUUCGGGCCUCAUUCAUUUUGUCCAAGGGAGUGGUCGAGCACAUGAAGAAUCAGCGAUGGGGGCGAAUCGUGUUCAUGUCCUCCAUUGCUGGCUACGGAGGAGGUAUCAAUGGUUGCCAUUAUGCUGCCUCGAAGGCUGGCAUGACCGGUAUGAUGAAGAACCUCUCCACUCGGCUAGCGGAGUACAAUAUUAGCGUGAAUGACGUAGCACCUGCAAUCAUUGGCGACACCGGGAUGAUCCCUAACGCUGACUCGGUUCCGGAGAUUGCUGCAACUAUUCCCCUCGGGCGGGUUGGAACUCCAGGGGAGGUUGCGAAUGUGGUGACUAUGCUCGUGACGACAGGUUACAUGACGGGCCAAAGCCUGCUGAUCGGAGGCGGGUUGAAAUAGAGGCCGUGAGACCUUAGUGAGUCCAUCGGUUAGACUUGGAACGGACAGAAUAGUAGAAUUAACAAGGUUACGACCAG